CGCGUCGAAGGUAGCUCUAUGGUUUUCCUCCCGUUCUUCAGUCGGGAAAUGGCCGCUGUGUAGUUACAACGAGGAUAAGUCCCGGGAACCUUGCUUCGGCGUGUCAGGAAUUUGAAUUUAGAGUUUACUAUCUGAGAACAUUUUCUCCAGGAAGAAUUUUACAGUAUCUCAAAGACUUCACUUGAUUGCUCUAUCCUGCAUAAAACCCAAGGAGUAAAGAAAUGGGUCGCUCCAAUUCUAGAUCACAUUCUUCAAGAUCAAAGUCUAGAUCACAGUCUAGUUCUCGAUCAAGAUCAAGGUCACACUCUAGAAAGAAGAGAUACAGUUCUAGGUCUCGUUCCAGGACGUAUUCAAGAUCUCGUAGUAGAGAUCGUAUUUAUUCUAGAGAUUAUCGGCGAGAUUACAGAAAUAAUAGAGGAAUGAGACGACCUUAUGGGUACAGAGGAAGGGGUAGAGGGUAUUAUCAAGGUGGAGGAGGUAGAUAUCAUCGAGGUGGCUAUAGACCUGUCUGGAACAGAAGACACUCUAGGAGUCCUAGACGAGGUCGUUCACGUUCCAGAAGUCCAAAAAGAAGAUCCGUUUCUUCUCAAAGAUCCCGAAGCAGAUCUCGCCGGUCAUAUAGAUCCUCUAGGUCUCCACGAUCAUCCUCUUCUCGUUCUUCAUCCCCAUAUAGCAAAUCUCCUGUCUCUAAAAGACGAGGGUCUCAGGAAAAACAAACCAAAAAAUCUGAAGGGGAGCCCCAAGAAGAGAGCCCUUUGAAAAAUAAAUCACAGGAGGAACCGAAAGAUACAUUUGAACAUGACCCAUCUGAAUCUAUUGAUGAGUUUAAUAAAUCAUCAGCCACAUCUGGUGAUAUUUGGCCUGGCCUUUCAGCUUAUGAUAAUAGUCCUAGGUCACCUCAUAGUCCUUCACCGAUUGCUACGCCACCUAGUCAGAGUUCAUCUUGCUCUGAUGCGCCCAUGCUCAGUACAGUCCACUCUGCAAAAAACACCCCCUCUCAGCAUUCACAUUCCAUUCAGCAUAGUCCUGAAAGAUCUGGGUCUGGUUCUGUUGGAAAUGGAUCUAGUCGAUAUAGUCCUUCUCAGAAUAGUCCAAUUCAUCACAUCCCUUCGCGAAGAAGCCCUGCAAAGACAAUCACACCACAGAAUGCUCCAAGAGAUGAGGCUAGGGGACGUUCUUCAUUUUAUCCUGAUGGUGGAGAUCAGGAAACUGCAAAGACAGGAAAAUUCUUAAAAAGGUUCACAGAUGAAGAGUCUAGAGUAUUCCUGCUUGAUAGGGGUAAUACCAGGGAUAAAGAGGCUCCAAAGGAGAAAGGAUCAGAGAAAGGGAGGGCAGAGGGAGAAUGGGAAGAUCAGGAAGCCCUAGAUUACUUCAGUGAUAAAGAGUCUGGAAAACAAAAGUUUAAUGAUUCAGAAGGGGAUGACACAGAGGAGACAGAAGAUUAUAGACAGUUCAGGAAGUCAGUCCUUGCAGAUCAGGGUAAAAAUUUUGCUACUACAUCUCACCGGAAUACUGAGGAGGAAGGAAACAAGUACAAGUCCAAAGUUUCACUGAAAGGCAAUAGAGAAAGUGAUGGAUUUAGAGAAGAAAAAAAUUAUAAACUUAAAGAGACUGGAUAUGUAGUGGAAAGGCCUAGCACUACAAAAGAUAAGCACAAGGAAGACGACAAAAAUUCUGAGAGAAUAACAGUAAAGAAAGAAACUCAGUCACCUGAGCAGGUAAAGUCUGAAAAGCUCAAAGACCUCUUUGAUUACAGUCCCCCUCUACACAAGAAUCUGGAUACACGAGAAAAGUCUACCUUCAGAGAGGAGAGCCCACUUAGGAUUAAAAUGAUAGCCAGCGAUUCUCAUCGUCCUGAAGUCAAACUCAAAAUGGCCCCUGUUCCUCUUGAUGAUUCUAACAGACCUGCUUCCUUGACUAAAGACAGGCUACUUGCUAGUACACUUGUCCACUCUGUCAAGAAGGAGCAAGAAUUCCGAUCCAUCUUUGACCACAUUAAGUUGCCUCAGGCCAGCAAGAGCACUUCAGAGUCAUUUAUUCAGCACAUUGUGUCCUUGGUUCAUCAUGUUAAAGAGCAAUACUUCAAAUCACCUGCGAUGACCCUAAAUGAGAGGUUCACUUCCUAUCAGAAAGCCACUGAAGAACAUAGUACCCGCCAAAAGAGCCCUGAGAUACACAGGAGAAUUGACAUCUCUCCAAGUGCCCUGAGGAAGCAUACCCGUUUAGCAGGGGAAGAGAGAGUUUUCAAAGAAGAAAUUCAAAAGGGAGAUAAAAAAUUAAGGUGUGACUCUGCUGAUCUUCGGCAUGACAUUGAUCGUCGGAGAAAAGAAAGAAGCAAAGAACGGGGGGAUUCCAAGGGCUCCAGGGAAUCCAGUGGGUCAAGAAAGCAGGAAAAAACUCCAAAAGAUUACAAGGAAUACAAAUCUUACAAAGAUGACAGUAAACAUAAAAGUAGAGAGCAAGAUCAUUCUCGAUCUUCAUCCUCUUCAGCAUCACCUUCUUCUCCCAGUUCUAGAGAAGAAAAGGAGAGUAAGAAGGAAAGAGAAGAAGAAUUUAAAACUCACCAUGAACUGAAAGAAUACUCGGGCUUUGCAGGAGUUAGUCGACCACGAGGAACCUUUUUUCGAAUUAGAGGCAGAGGAAGAGCCAGAGGAGUUUUUGCUGGGACAAAUACUGGUCCAAACAACUCAAAUACUACUUUUCAAAAGAGACCGAAGGAAGAGGAAUGGGAUCCAGAAUAUACCCCAAAGAGCAAGAAGUACUUCUUGCAUGAUGACAGAGAUGAUGGUGUGGAUUAUUGGGCCAAAAGAGGAAGAGGUCGUGGUACUUUUCAACGUGGCAGAGGGCGCUUUAACUUCAAAAAGUCAGGUAGCAGUCCAAAAUGGACUCAUGACAAAUACCAAGGGGACGGGAUUGUUGAAGAUGAAGAAGAGACCAUGGAAAAUAAUGAAGAAAAGAAGGACAGGCGUAAAGAAGAAAAGGAAUAAUAAACCUGACGUGAGAUUGCAACAGAGAGCAGAACUUGCACCCACCAUUUUUUUUUACAUGAUUUUUGUUUUCAAAUAAGAAUGUAAGCAUUUUACUUAAAUUUUACUGUUUGCAAGUAGUCUAUAGAAGUUUUGUUUUAAGUCUUCAAAUAUCUUGAAAAAUAGUAGACUGUAUGUUGAAAAUUGUACUGAAAUAAAGUAGAAAAUUGUUAAUGUACCCUAUUUGUAACUAUCAACUUUUAAAAAUAAUACUUUUACUGUUUUUGUUACAUGCAUUGUAAUUCUGCUUUGUCUAUAAGAUAUGGUCAAGUACAGCUCUGUGAAAGAUCUGAUUCUCUUCCCUCCCUGUUUGUUAAUGUUUAUGCUGAAGUAAACGUUAGCUCUACAUACAGAUUUCUGAACAGAAGUUGUUUAUAGAGACCACACCUAGUUAUUUUAACUGUAUACAUCUGUUUUAACAUUUUCCUUAAUUCAAACACACUACAUUGUAGGGUGACUAAUUUUUGAAGUGUACCCCAGAAAAAAGUUGUUACUUUGGUAAACUUAAGCUAGUUUAACACUUCAGCAAAUGUUUAAGAAGAAAAACAGUUUUGCCAAGAACUAAGAAAUACAAGCUCAUAAAAGUUAGAUUACAAAGUAUUAGUUUAUUGGUGGUUUUUUUUUUGUUUGUUUGUUUAUUUUUCUGAGAGCAAGCAGUGGCCUAUAAAAACCACACUUAGGAGCCGUUUACUAUUUGGAUUCAAAAUUCAGUAUUCUAUUUUUAUUUGAAAGUAUGAGUCAUGGUCUUAGAUAGCAGCUAUUCUUUGAGAGAGGAAACUGUUUUGUAAUAAACACAGCAAAGAAAAACCCCAUUCCUACUAAACAUUUUAUUUUUAAGACAACAAAACCUGUAAUUGUGAUGUGGUGGUAUGGAAGAGGAUUAUCCUGCAAAAUAAAGAUGUGUCUGAUUUGA